AUGUUGUUCUACUGGAUUGUAGUAAUAUUUUUCAUAUUUAGUCAGUUAGUGUUAAGUUCUAUUACAAUGUCGACAUUGAAAGAACUUGCAGAAUAUGGACAGAGUCUGAACUUGACUGGUGCGGACUUGCAGCAGUUUAUACAGCAACAACAGGCACAUCAGCGUGAGCUACGAGCGGCGGAAAGGGAGAAAGAGAAGCAGGACAGGGAGUAUCAUCUCAGUAGAGAAGCACUUGAAAUUGAGAAACUCAAACUACAGGAAAAGAAAGGUAUGGAAGAGAUUGAGAGUAAAUUCAUGCAAACUAUUCAAACCUUAGAGCAAAAGUUAGCUGUAAAGGAGUCAGAAACGAAAUCAGAAAAUCCUAGUAAUGCAAAGUUUCCAAAAAUGCCUGUAUUCGAUGAAGUUAAGGAUGAUAUUGAUUCUUAUUUGAGACGUUUUGAAAGGUACGCUGCAGCACAGAAAUGGAAGUUUGACAGUUGGGCUGUUAACUUGAGCGCACUACUCAGAGGUCGUGCACUGGAUGUAUAUGCACUGUUGCCGCAGGAGAAAGCGUUGGACUAUGAUGCUUUGAAGACGGCGUUACUAAAAAGGUUUGAAAAGACGGAGGAUGGAUUUCGUCAAAAGUUCCGUAAGAGCAGACCUGAGGUAGGGGAAACUUUUUCACAGUUUGUUGUUCGUCUCGGUAGUUAUCUCGAUAGGUGGAUUGAACUUGGUCGAGUUAACAAGACUUUUGAUGGCCUCUACGAUAUGAUACUCAGAGAUCAGUUUCUGUUCAUGUGUAACAAAGAAUUGACAUUGUUUUUGAAAGAACGCAUACCGAAAAACAUCAGAGAAAUGUGUGAUUUAGCAGAUCAGUUUAGAGAGGCAAGGCAUGUUAACAUUCAGACAUUAGUUCAUUUUAGCAAGAAAGAGAACUCUCCAGGAAAAAGUCAGGCAUCGAGAGAACAGGAACAGCGAGAUCAGAAGCCAGGAUUGAAGUUUCAACCCAUGAAAACUCCAAUGAAGAAAGAAGUUCGUUGCUUCAAGUGUGACAGACUGGGCCGUUUACUUCAAAAGACGUUGUUUGUGACGAGGUAA